GCGGGUCCGGGUCUGGGUGAGGGUGGCGGGCGUCGUCCCUGCCGCUGGCUUCUUCCCCAUACGCGGGUCCGGGCGUCCUUUCCCGCGGAGCGGCGGCCCGGCACGGCACGGCGCUCUCUCCCUCCCCGCUGGGCCGCUGCCCGGGGGAACCGGUCGCGGUCGGGAACCGCGUUUUUCUAAAGCUGCAGCUUGCUCGGGGGCUCUCGGUUCCCGUUAGCCGGGCAGAGGGCAUCCGGAGCGCCGUUCCGGCGGCGGCGUUGGGCGGCUGCUGAAUUAGGAGGUAAUUUGACAAAACGCCGCUUUUGGCGGCGAAGUCGGCGCCGGGCACCGGUCUGCGCUCGGUGCAGCGGAAGGGCGGAGUGCUCGGCUCCGCCGGCAGCCCCGUCGGAGGAGGUUUGGGGGUGGAAAAUGGCGUGGUGGCGGAAUGGACCGGGGUGCUGGGGGGUGGAAGUGCAGAUGCUCGGCUCCCGGGAACGGGAGGGAAAACUUGUGUGUUUUGGGAAACUCUAAGUUAGGUGGAGCUGUUUAGCGUAUUUUUUAUCCAUUUGGAUGCGUGCGAUGUUGCUGCGGGUUUGCAUCGCAACAGCGUGCCUUUAGGCAAAGAGAUCAAAGGGGUAUAGCAGCCUGCAUGCCGCCUGAGCGGAGGAGGAGGGUGUUUUCUGCGUCAGGGGGGAAUCCGUUCGGCAGAAAAGCCCAACCACUUCUGCAAGCUUCAGCUGGCCGGCUGCGUUAUAAACGCACAGCGCUCGGAGCCAUCGCCGCGGUUGCACCGUUUAGAGACCUAAUUGGGACAGGCGGGAGUCUGCGGUUAAACUACAGUAAAAUAAAAUGUUAUAUAGCUGUUCAGCUAGCUGGGCUCUUUGUCUUGCUUGUGUGCUGGUAGGUGCAUUGGUCUGGACUGGUGAGCCUUGCUACUCCUUUUCAUUUGGGAUGCCCUUUUUGUCAGCAGAAGCCUCUUUCUGCUGGUAGUUUGCCUCAGUGGAAUAAGCUGUGUUGGCAAAGGGAUUUUUUGCUGGUAUAACCAUGCCUGCUGCUUGUCCUAACGAGGUUACGUUAACCUCUGCUCCCAUGUGGUGGAGCAAGACACAUCUUUAGACCGAUGCCUGCCUCGGACAGGAGAGGCCUGGAGAAGGGCGUAAGAACAGCAAACGCGCAGCAAACACGUGCAUCUCUGAUGUACUCUCCCAGCAGUAUGUGGCUUGAAGGCUCCUGCAGCUGAAGAUAGUCUUUCUAGCUUCCUAGUAGAUGUUCCUGCUAUUAAUUUGUUCAGUUACCCUUUGAUCUUAACAGAUGGUUUUGGUAUCCACAACUGCCUGGAGCUGUUUGUUGUGGCAGAGAAUAAUUCACUGCAGUCACUCAGAUGUGGUACUGGGCUUUUCAAACAAGUAGCUUGUUUACUUGGUUUCAGAAAUUACUUGAUCUCUAAAUUUAAACACAUAACUUUGUAUUGACAGUCUUUUUGUGUUUUUCUCUAAUAAAUUGUAUUCCUCAGGCAACUUGUUGCAGCGCUGGAAUGUUCCCAUAAAACUGCAGAUGAGCAGACAAGUGGCUAGCUCUGGUGUGCCUGGGGGCAAAGGCGAUAGUUCUGUUUUUGUCCUUAUUGUGGGCUUAUCAACAUUAGGAGCGGGUGCCUAUGUAUACAGAACAUUGAAAGAAAACAAAGAGCGUUUCACCAGCCGUGUCACAACGAUAACUACGCGAUCUCAAGAAAAAGAAUUGUCUCCUUCUGAUACAGAUGCUGCUUCUCAGGGCACAGCAGCUCCGGGAGCUCGCCCUGAGGUCCCAUCUCAUGUUCCUUUCCUGCUGAUCGGUGGAGGAACUGCUGCUUUUGCUGCUGCCAGAUCCAUUCGGGCUCGUGACCCUGGUGCCCGGGUGCUGAUUGUGUCUGAAGAUCCUGCCCUGCCCUAUAUGCGUCCACCUCUUUCCAAAGAACUCUGGUUUUCAGAUGAUCCAAAUGUGACAGAGACUCUGCGAUUCAAACAGUGGAAUGGCAAGGAGAGAAGUAUAUAUUUCCAGCCGCCAUCAUUCUAUGUGCCUGUUCGUGAUCUACCUCUUGUAGAAAAUGGUGGAGUAGCAGUUCUCUGUGGCAAGAAGGUUGUGCAUAUGGAUGUUAGAGGCAACAUAGUGAAACUCAGUGAUGGUACCCAGAUAUCCUAUGACAAAUGUCUAAUUGCCACUGGUGGUUCCCCAAGGAACCUACCCGCCAUUGAAAGAGCAGGAAAAGAUGUACAACAAAGGCUGACACUGUUCCGAAAGAUUGAGGACUUCAAAAGUCUGGAGAAGAUUUCAAGAGAAGUCAAGUCCAUCACAAUUAUUGGUGGUGGUUUUCUUGGCAGUGAGCUGGCCUGUGCUCUGGGAAGAAGAGCACGAACCAGAGGCCUGGAGGUGAUUCAGCUGUUUCCAGAGAAUGGCAAUAUGGGCAAAGUCUUGCCUGAAUAUCUGAGCAACUGGACCACAGAGAAAGUCAGAAGAGAGGGUGUUAAUGUCAUGCCUAACGCUGUGGUCAAGUCUGUCUCUGUCUGUGGCAAUCGGCUGAUGAUUAAACUGAAAGAUGGCCGAAAGGUGGAGACUGAUCAUAUUGUGGCUGCAGUAGGGCUGGAGCCUAAUGUGGAAUUAGCAAAGUCAGCUGGGCUGGAGGUGGACUCUGACUUUGGAGGGUUCAGGGUGAAUGCAGAGCUGCAGGCACGCUCCAAUAUCUGGGUGGCAGGGGAUGCUGCCUGCUUCUAUGAUAUCAAACUAGGUAGGAGACGUGUAGAGCACCAUGAUCAUGCUGUUGUGAGUGGAAGACUAGCUGGAGAAAACAUGACAGGAGCUGCAAAACCCUACUGGCAUCAGUCCAUGUUCUGGAGCGAUCUAGGCCCUAAUGUGGGGUACGAAGCCAUUGGCCUUGUUGACAGUAGUUUGCCAACAGUAGGAGUCUUUGCUAAAGCAACAGCAAAAGAUACACCGAAAAGUGCAACGGAGCAAUCAGGGACAGGUAUUCGAUCAGAGAGUGAAACAGAAGCAGAAGCCUCAGAAGUUCACAUUUCUCCAAGCUUUUCACCAACGCCUCAAGUUCCAAAGCAAGGAGAAGAUUAUGGCAAAGGUGUCAUUUUCUACCUCAGGGAUAAAGUUGUGGUAGGAAUCGUAUUAUGGAACAUCUUCAACAGGAUGCCUAUUGCUCGAAAGAUCAUCAAAGAUGGGGAGGAGCAUGAUGAUCUCAAUGAAGUAGCAAAGCUUUUCAACAUCCACGAAGAGUAAACUCCAGAAUGGGAACAUCGCAGUAGGAGCGAGUAAGGCAGUGGGGGCCGUUGGCUGUUUGCAUCCCUUCAUCUCGGACAACUUCCUCUGAGUACUUGUGAAUAUUUCCAGUCACCUAGAGUUCUAAUGUUUGCACCAAUAAAAUCAGAUUGUUCUAAG